AUGUCUGCCCAAGUCCAACUGAGGUUGCUUCCGAGUGCCAGGUGUCUCUUUGAUGAACCAAUCCAGGUGAGGGUGUCCGGUUUGACGUCCGGGCAGGUGGUCACCAUGAGAGCCAGGUCCACCGACGACAGAGGGAUGGACUUCAGCUCCGUGGCCAAAUACAGAGCCAAUGGCCACGGGGAGGUCAACCUGGUCCAGGAUGAAUCUCUGGGUGGUAGCUACCUGGGGGUCGAGCCCAUGGGUCUGCUGUGGUCCAUGCAGCCCGACACGCCACAUCGGAACUUUGUGAAACGCAAUGUGGCACUUCCUCACUUGGUGAGGAUUUCUGUGCACCAUGAAGAGGAGACAGUCGGGAUGCUGGCAGAGGCGACUCAUGAGAGGGUUCUGAUGGCGGACGGUGUCAGCCGGGUCACCGUUACACUUCAGAACAUCGAAGUGGUCCUCUUCGUGCCACCAGGCGAAGGACCAUUCCCAGGUGUGUUGGACAUAUCCACCUUCAUGCAUGAGAAAAGAGCGUGUCUGCUGGCCAACAAAGGUUACGUGGUCCUGACCGCAGCUGUGUUUGAGAAACCAAGCAAUAUUGCACCACCUGAAGAGCUUCAUCUGGACUUCUUUGAGCAAGCAGUAGAAUUUCUCCUGCAGCAUCCAAAGGUUGAUGGUGACGGUGUUGGUGUGAUAGCAAGGUCCAAAGCGUCGGACAUCGCCCUUUCCUUAGCUACCUUCGUGCAAGGCAUUAAAGCAGUGGUGUGGAUCAAUGGCUGCAACGCCAACGUGGCUGUUCCACUCUACUACAAGAAGAAGCAGAUCCUCCUGCCACUGCUGAGUGAUCAUAGCAGAAUCAAAGAAACUCAGUCAGGGGUCUGUUGCACCAAAAACUGCCUUGAUGAUCCUCUCAGUGAGAGCAACAAGGGAACUCUGAUCCCCAUUGAAAAAGCCGAGGCCCAGUUUCUCUUUGCGGUGGGAGAGGACGACCUGAACUGGGACAGCAAGGCUUUCAUGGAUCAGAUGAUUGUCAGACUGACACAGCAUGGAAGAAGCAACUUUGAAAGCGUGUGUUACCCAUCAGCUGGACACAUACUGGAGCCACCGUAUGGACCCUUCUGUGCCUCCUGCCCACAUGGGAUCAUCGCCAGGCCGGUCCUUUGGGGCGGUGUGCCCAAGCUCCACGUGGCUGCGGAAGUUCACCUGUGGAAGAAGAUUCAGGACUUUUUUAAAGAACACCUGAGCCGUGACGCUGCUCCUGUGACAUGCAAAUUGUAG